AUGUCCAGUCAAGGGCAAAAAACGUUCAAGAUCCUGUGCCGCACCAAUGAGGACUACUGCAUCACCGUCCGCUGGGAUGACGACGGGGGCAUCGCGGUCGUCAUGGCGCCAACAAACCCCCGCGACCAGCAGCAGCACUGGUACAAGGACACGAGGUUCAGCUCUACGGAGGACGAGGACGGGUUCCCGGCGUUCGCGCUCGUCAACAAGGCCACCGGGUUCGCCAUCAAGCACUCGUCUGGGCAGUCUGAGCCCGUAACUCUGGUGCCGUACAAGUACGACCCAGAGGCGGUGGACGAAUCGGUGCUGUGGACGGAGAGCGACGAUGUGGGCGACGGCUUCCGCUGCAUCCGCAUGAUCAACAACAUCCACCUCAACUUCGACGCGUUGGAUGGCGUGACGGAACUCCAGGACGGCACCCCCAUCGUGCUGUGGGAGUGGCUCGAGGGGGCGAACCAGUCCUGGAUGAUCCUGCCGUGGGGCACCGACGGUGGCCUCCAUCCUGCGCUGUCCUCUGAGUGCACCAUGCGCAUCUUCUGCAGCGCAGGCGAGGAGUACAGCAUCGCCGCAAGGGACGGCGCGGUGUGCCUCGCGCCUGCGGACCCCAACGACGACCUGCAGCACUGGGUGAAGGACAUGAGGCACGGUGAAGACAUCAAGGAUGAGUAUGAGCAGCCUGCGUUUGCCCUGGUGAACAAGGCCACCGGUGAAGCCAUCCAGCAUUCCCUGGAAAAGGGCCACCCUGUUCGCCUUGCGGCAUACGACCCGGACUGCCCGGACGAGUCGGUGAUGUGGAGGGAGAGCGAGGACGUCGGCGACGACUUCCACUGCAUCCGCAUGGCGAGCAACAUCCAGCUCAACUUCGACGCCGUCCAUGGCGGCGACGACGAGAGCGUGGUGCAGGACGGCACCACCAUCCUCCUGUUUGACUGGGUUGAGGGAGACAACCAGCGCUGGAGGAUCGUUCCCUGGUGUGAGUAA